UUCGUCUUCGCCAUUCUUCGAAAACAUGGCCACAGUAAAUGCGGACGUUGGCAUUGAGGACUGAGACGCUCAACCACACAGACCACGGUUACUCUCCGUUCUUUCGCAACGACUCGACUGGCCUGGGAUUCUACUUGACUACUGUAGUUCAGUCAUAUCACCUUUAUUGAAAAUCACUGUCGGACAAUGACACUUACCUCACUUCCGAAUUGGGUUUGGGUGUCUUAUUCGGCAGUAGUACUAUCAGUACACCGUUCAGCGCUAUCGCUGCUCGUCGCAGUUGCCAUUCUAUCAUGUCUCAGCUUCUUGGCAUAUCGCCUGUUUCUCUCACCACUAAGCAAAGUCCCCGGCCCAUGGUACACCAAUAUAUCGCACCUCUUUAUGGUAUAUCACGAUUUCAACGGCACGAAGCGUCUCUGGAUACACAAUCUGCACCUAAGAUAUGGUUGCGUGGUACGAUUGGCACCCAAUGAGGUAUCCUUUGCCAGCGCAGCGGCCUUGAAAGAGAUCUACACCUCUGCCGGUGGUUAUGCGAAGACGGAGUUAUAUUCUCUUUUCAAACAAAACGAUCACAGAAAUCUCUUCACUGCCUUAGACAAGAAGGAGCACAACGAGAAGAAAAAGCGGCUUGCGGAUCGGUACACGAAUACGGCUGUCCUGCAUCCCAGCAUCCAGGAACCCCUACGUGAGCGUGGUGAAGCAUUUGCAAAAGUCUGUGGUGAAAGCGAAAGUACAGACAUAUACCUCUACUUGCACUGCUACGCCCUUGACUGUGUGAGUGCCAUGAUCUUCCACCCAUACGGCACGAAAUCUGUCGAGGGUGGUAGUGAUCAUGACAUGGUCCGAAACCUUUCGUACCAUGACAGCCGGUCUGCACUGGUGCUCCGUCACCACUACCCUUGGCUCGAAGCUGCUUACAAGUCGUUGACUCCCAAGCGACCCUCGAAAGGCGGCAAAUUCCUCUUUCAUUAUGCCUGGUCCUCGAUGCGGGCAUCCCCUCAUUCAGACUUCACACUCGCAACUCGCCUGCUCCAACAUCCCGAGAUGGGCAUGGAGGACAUGGUCGCCGAGUGCCUCGAUCACAUUGGCGCAGGUAUCGACACCACAGGUGAUGCGCUAUGCUUUCUCAUGUGGGAGUUAUCGCAAUCGCACAACGCUGAGCGCAUGCAGCGACUCAUCGAGGAGCUACAGACAUGUGACCCGGAGCAUGGGGGCAGGCUCAAUCAACAGCCAUAUCUCAACGCCGUUAUUGAGGAGACCAUGAGGCUCUGGGCUCCCGGCACCCUGCCUCUACCACGUUACGUGCCUCAAGGCGGCCGAGUCAUUGACGGGUACUACAUUCCGGCUCAUACCAUUGUCAGCGCUCAGUCAUACACAGUACACCGGCUUGACCAGUCCGUCUUCCCUGAACCAGACAAAUUCCUUCCCGAGAGAUGGCUCGAAGAGAAAGGCAGCGUCGACAGACAGCGCUUGAUGUUCGCAUUUGGGUCCGGCGCCCGUUCAUGCAUCGGCAAAUUCCUCGCUCUGUCCGAAAUGAGAAUUCUGUUACACUCCGUAUAUUCGAGGUAUCGGACACGACCCGCCGCGGAUAUGCACGCAUCUAUGGAGAUGUCGGAUCAGUUGCUGACCUCUCGACCGAAGGACUUGCUAUGCAAGCUCACCUUCGACCGUCUGAUAAGAAAAUGAGCGGUUGAACACCAUCUACGUACCCUAGCGAGCAUAUUUCCCAAAAACUGGCACCGUCUGACAAGGAGUACAUCUAAGAUACAUGUAUAAGUUCAUGGCCCAGCUUGACUUAAAGCUAGUAGCAGUCGUACGGUAGGGCCGAGGCCUCCUAAUUGUCAGCAGCUAACACUCGA